GAGGAGGAGCUUCAGGUAGCACCGCCUAGAUGCAAACGAUCCCCGAGGCUGUUCAAUACACCGUCCAGAGCACGGAGCAGCAGCCUGUAGAGCGGUUUGGGGAAUAUUACAUGCUCAACCGGCGGCGCGGAGAAGGCGCCUCCAAGCUCCGCCGUCUGAUAGGGAAUGCACGGGCCAGCCGUUGGCAGGCAUCAGUGACCUUGUGACUGCAAACUCCUCCCUACAGACCAGAUGAAACAACCCAGAGCAGGAAAAAAGGAACUGCUGCCUUAUGGUGACAUUCAGGGGAAGGUCACAUUUAAUCAAGAUUUGGACUGAAAGUGAUCUUGAGUGAAUUGCUUACACCAUGUCAGAAUUCUGGUUAAUUUCGGCACCUGGAGAUAAGGCAAAUCUACUGGCUUGGGAUAGGAUGAACACUGUAACUUCCAAAGCCAACCUGUCCAGCAACAGCAAGUUCAUCAUCCCUGACCUCAAGGUGGGAACACUGGAUGCUCUUGUUGGCCUCUCAGAUGAGUUGGGGAAACUUGAUAGCUUUGCUGAAAGCGUAAUAAAGAAAAUUGCCCAGUAUAUCGGAGAAGUUAUGGAAGACUCAAAAGACAAAGUACAGGAAAACCUGCUGGCAAAUGGGGUUGACUUGAUUAGUUAUCUGAUGAGAUUUGAGUGGGACAUGGCCAAGUAUCCCAUAAAACAACCACUGAAGAACAUUUCAGAAGCAUUAGCAAAGCAACUUACACAAAUAGAAACAGACAUGAAAAACCGAGCAGCUGUGUACAACAACAUCAAAGGAAAUCUUCAGAAUCUGGAAAGAAAAACUGUGGGAAAUCUUUUGACACGUACUUUAACGGAUAUAGUGAACAAAGAAGAUUUUGUGUUAAAUUCAGAAUAUCUCAUCACUCUACUUGUUGUAGUUCCCAAAUCGAGCUAUGUACAGUGGCAAAAAACAUAUGAAUCACUUUCUGACAUGGUGGUUCCUCGCUCUACAAAGAUGAUCACUGAAGAUGCAGAGGGAGGACUCUUCACUGUAACACUAUUCCGAAAAGUGACAGAUGACUUUAAAGCCAAAGCAAGAGAGAACAAGUUCAUCGUGCGGGAAUUUUAUUUUGAUGAGAAAGAGCUGAAGUGUGAAAAGGAAGAAAUGAGGAAGUUAGCUUCUGAUAAGAAGCAACAGUAUGGUCCACUGUUGCGUUGGUUGAAAGUGAACUUCAGUGAAGCAUUUGUGGCUUGGAUUCACAUAAAGGCUCUUAGAGUUUUCUCAGAAUCUGUCCUCAGGUACGGACUACCAGUGAAUUUCCAGGCAAUGCUACUUCAGCCCAACAAGAAAUCUGCAAAGAGGCUGAGAGAGGUCCUUAAUGCAGUCUUCAAACAUUUGGAUGAAGUAGCAGCAGCCAGUAUAAUGGAUACUUCUAUGGACAUUCCUGGCUUGCAACUAAGCAAUCAAGACUACUAUCCUUAUGUCUAUUUCAAGAUUGACCUCAGCAUUCUUGACUGCAGCUAAGAAAUGCCUGACUUGGAGCAUGAUUUGUCCUCUGGCAUUUUAGCAUUAGCAUUUGGUUGUUCAUGAACAAUGAAACUGAUGUGCAAGCACCUCCACUCCAAGCUGUUUUUUUAAGAACACAGUUCUAAGGGAUCACAUAAUGGGGGUAACAGACUCUGUUCAUGAUAGCAAGUGUUUUCAUUAUAGCUGAGAUUUCAUCUGCUUUAUACAGAUACCAUAAUUUUGCCCUUUCACAUUUUGAAAGUAUUAAGAUUCUGGAGCCUCCUCUGAUCAUGUUAGAAAACAUGCUUUGCAAGGCAGUUGCUACAGUUGUAUUUUUUUUUUGUAAAUUACAAAAAAAGCUCUCAACCAGGAUUUUAAAUAAAAAUCAAGAGGUAUCUGGUGGUUAAAAUGAUGAAGUACUCUUUAAGUCAAGUAUCUGUAACUGUUUAAUGUACAGAUUCAGUCAACAAAGCAGCUACAUAUUAUUGCAUGAAAGUUAAUCAGUAGAUCAAAUACUGAAUUUAGAAUUUAAUUUUUGGGGGUGGGUGGGUUAUCUGUUUCAAUUGCUUCUGUGUAGGACUAUUAAAGAGAAAUCCAAGCAGAGAUUUUACAAGUGAGAACUGACACAAACAAGCUACCAGUUUCUUCCACUAAUCUACUGUUUGGUGAAAUAGCAAAAGAAGAAAAACUGGGUUAGCAACAGCCAAAUAAAAUAUAGCAUGGGAAAUCUUACCCGUUUUGACAGUUUGCUGGAAGUACCUUAUCUGCACAAGACUAGUGUAAACUACAUGUUUCCCUCCAACACUGAAAUUUAUACUUCAUCCCUAAUGUCAACAUGAAUUGUAAAACACAACCUGGCAACCUCAAGGUUAAAUGUAACGACUCUGUACAGAUGAAUAAGAAUCAAUAUUGUAAUGACUUAAUAAACUUCUCAAAAUGUAA